AUGAUGAAAGGCGUGUCUGAGGAGCAGAUGAGGAGAGGGACCCGGGGCAUGAACCACAGUUUCUUUAACGUAUUUGCCCACGCAUACAUUUUUGCUCCACUAAAAAUAAUCUUCUGGCGUGUUUCAGAUGAAAAAAAAGAUAUUGACCAUGAGACAGUGGUUGAAGAGCAGAUCAUUGGAGAGAACUCCCCUCCUGAUUACUCAGAGUAUAUGACAGGAAAGAAGCUUCCUCCUGGAGGGAUACCCGGCAUUGACCUCUCAGACCCCAAACAACUGGCGGAAUUUGCUAGAAUGAAGCCAAGAAAAAUUAAAGAAGAUGAUGCUCCAAGAACAAUAGCUUGCCCUCAUAAAGGCUGCACAAAGAUGUUCAGGGAUAACUCUGCCAUGAGAAAACAUCUGCACACCCACGGCCCCAGAGUCCACGUCUGUGCAGAAUGUGGCAAAGCUUUUGUUGAGAGCUCAAAACUAAAACGACACCAACUGGUUCAUACUGGAGAGAAGCCCUUUCAGUGCACGUUCGAAGGCUGCGGGAAGCGCUUUUCACUGGACUUCAAUUUGCGCACACACGUGCGCAUCCAUACCGGGGACAGGCCCUACGUGUGCCCCUUCGACGGCUGUAAUAAGAAGUUUGCUCAGUCGACUAACCUGAAAUCUCACAUCUUAACACACGCUAAGGCCAAAAACAACCAGUGAGAAGAAGAACGGAGAAGACCCUUCUCGACCCCGGGGAGCAUCUUCCAGGAGUGUGAUGGGGAAUAAAGACGCCUCUCCUUUGUAUAUUGUUUCUAGGAAAGAAUUUUAAAAAUGAAUCCUACACACCUAAGGGACAUGUUUUGAUAAAGUAGUAAAAAUUAAAAAAAAAAACAAACUUUAAUAAGAUGACAUGGCUACGAUGCUCUGUCUUGCUCUGUAAUCUCGUUUCAAAAACACGGUGUUUUUGUAAAGUGUGGUCCCAACAGGAGGACAAUUCAUGAACUUCGCAUCAAAAGACGAUUCUUUAUACAACAGUGCUGAAAACGGGACUUCUUUUCACAUUCUUAUAAAUACGAAGCUCACCUGUUGCUUACAAUUUUUUUAAUUUUGUAUUUUCCAAGUGUGCAUAUUGUACACUUUUUGGGGAUAUGCUUAGUAAUGCUACGUGUGAUUUUUCUGGAGGUUGAUAACUUUGCUUGCAGUAGAUUUUCUUUAAAAGAAUGGGCAGUUACAUGCAUACUUCAAAAGUAUUUUCCUGUAAAAAAAAAAAAAGUUCUAUAGGUUUUGUUUGCUAUCUUAAUUUUGGUUGUAUUCUUUGAUGUUAACACAUUUUGUAUAAUUGUAUCGUAUAGCUGUAUUGAAUCAUGUAGUACCAAAUAUUAGAUGUGAUUUAAUAGUGUUAAUCAAUUUAAACCCAUUUUAGUCACUUUUUUUUUCCCGAAAAAUACUGCCAGAUGCUGAUGUUCAGUGUACUCUCUUUGCCUGUUCAGUUACAGAAAGUGGUGCUCAGUUGUAGAAUGUAUUGUACCUUUUACCACCUGAUGUGUACAGCCCAUGUAACGGAAAGGGCAACAAUAAAACAGCAAUCCUACAGAAAGAAUACGGCAGAAAAAGCUCUGUAAGCACAGUCUUCUUUCCUUUUGUUGUCCAGAAUAAUUCCAAUUCUUGAGCCUCCCAGAAAUCGGAAGCCAAAUAAAGCAACUGAAGUUUCCUUUACUUUCGCGCUCAGCUACGGUGACUGGUGAUUGGAGCAGCACAUAGAUGUUUUGGUCCUUCCUACGCGUGCUGAGCUCCGAGAGCGAGUAGGUGACAGGCAUCCCGAGUUAAGGAACUACCUCAGAGGACCCCCAGCCGGACCCGUGGGAGAUAGGAUUUUGAUUUUUAGCUCCCCCAGCAAAAGCGUGGCUGAAACAGUUGUGCCCCGGCCUGCGUGCGCGCUCCAGGUAAGCUGGCGACCAGGCGGGGCGCGAGCAGAGGGGGCAGCGGGCGCCUCUGCGGCUCGGGAAGCGCUUCCGGUUCUUGGCUGUUGGCUUGAGAGCCUUGGCUCCCCCAUCCGGUGGGGUCUUCGCACGCUGGCAGAUGCAGCAGUUGAGUGCCCAGCGGCUUAUUAACGUCACGCUUCCAGCCGGGUACCGAGUGCAGAUUGGCAGGGUGGUGCGAUGAUUAAGAAAGUUGUACUCAGUGAGUACUUGACCUCUCACGUUGUGACCUCCUAAAUGUACGAUUAUAAUUUUUGAAUUUUACUUCGAGUCCCAUAUCGGGCUCGUGAGAAUGUUUUAUAAACCGCCGAGAUGCAGCAAAAUCCCAUGUAUUCAAAAUGCAAACACACCGGGUGUCUCUGUGCUGUAGGCUGGACUCUGCAAGGUAACUGACAAACUAGCUAAUGCCUGAGAUUUAUUUACAAGAUGUCCAGGACACCAUCGGGUCCAAGAUGUAGCCCUGUCUCUUCCACCUUCUCCAUCGGUCCCGCACAGGAGGGCUGGUGACCUAAUGACAGUGACCCUGUGGCUCUCCAGAACUUUGAAGUGCCUUCUGAAUCAUGAAAUGAAAAUUUUAACUUCAGACGCUUUGUUUUAUUCGUUCAGAAUCUGUUAUCCAUUGGGUAGUUUGAUGGAAGUGAGUUAAUGAGAAGACCCCAGCUGUCCUCUGGAUAAGCCAGGCUUUGCUGUAUCUGGCAGGAGAGAGGUAAGCCCGCGGUGGAGGUCCCCUUCAGAGCCGCGCGCCCCGGCGCGCGCGCGGUUCUUUGGCCAGACCUGGGGCCGAGGCCUCUGCCGAGGCCCGUGGCGGAAAACGCCCACACCUUCCCUCCCCACCCUCAGGUGAGCAGUCUCUGGGUGGCCGUACCAAAUGCCACUCUGGUGGGGUGGCCGUGUUAGGAGUCUGGAGCCUCGUCCCCUCCACCCCCACCCCGCCCAGCGCCACCACACGGGAGCCUGGUGCCCGCGCUGUCCUCAGGACUUCCGCCCGGGGACCCACGGCAAGACAGACUUGUGUCGCGCCAGCAACCCCAAGAGCCACGCCGUGACCUACAGGGAAGCCAGGCUCCCACGUGGAGCGAGGUCCCCCCCUUCCUCUGUGCCUUGAUCCUUGGGGGAUGCCUCGGUCAUCUCUUGCGCCCCUUUCGUCUCUGAGUGAACCGUCGUCGCUCCCCGGGACUCUUUGCCCGUGUGUCACCUCUCAGUCUGCAGAGUUCAUUGCUGACGGGAAUUUGAUUGGGGGUUUGAAGACCACGUAAGGUCCCAAGUUGGCGGUAACCUCUGUUCCCAGUAGUGUAGGAAACGAAUCAGCGAGUGGCGGUGUUAAGGGUAGCUUGUUCUCAUUGGCUGGAACCCAAACCCGUUUUGCUUGUGGUGAGAAUUUAUAAUUUUGCUAAAGAUGUGAUUUACUAAAAUUGGAAGUGGUGUUCUAACAGUGAGUCACUUGUCUUGAGGAUUAAUCUGAUUUAUAAGUAAUACCGAUAGACCUAUUUUCUUACAUCCCAGCGGAAACAAAUGCACGUUUCUAGCGUAUGUAAUAUAAAAACUCCAGAGGAUAAGUUUACACUUUACAAGAAGUUGUUUUCUAUUUUUGGAUUUCUUAUUAUUUCCCCCCCUUUUUGGUAGUGGGGCUCAGGGGGAAGCGUAAUAUUUGUAUAAAGAACUGUCACCCCAGAGUGACCUUUAUUUUCCAAGGUGACAUUGAACUCACGCUGUUGGUUUCACAUGGUGUUUGUGUGCUGUGCCUAGAUUCAAGGCCUGAGGAUUUGAGGAAAAUCAAGAUUUCCCCCGCCCCGGGGCCCCCAUUCGGUUUUCAUGUGCAAGUUCUUUUAAAUGUCACUUAUUUUGCUGGAUCUGAGUGAAGUAAGGCCCUUUGACAGCCUAGUAUCUCAGUGCCUGCCAGUGUUUCCAAGCAGAGUUUCUAGAUGGUGUCUUCACAGAGGAGAGUCACUUGCGUUCAGCCAGAACCCAGGGAGAUUCGCGGUCGGCCUGAGCAGUUGCGGUGCCGUGAGGGGGCUUUACUGCCGCCCCCGCUCUGCCCAGCCACACUUAGCCACGGUCACUCACCUCCGAAUGUAUGUCCGUGGCGCAGGGGCGCAGGAACCCCUGGCCCUCCCGGAGACCCGAUGACCCCGCCCGCACUCCGCACAGGCAGCGAGAACCCAUCAUUUCUUGUCUGACUCCUCUGUGGCCUGAGACGAGCACGGCUUAGGAAAGCCGUGCGUUAUUCCUCUUUUGAUUCUUAAGUUCCUUCUGUUUUCUGGACAUGUGACCACCAGCAAGAGCAAGGAUCCCAGAGGUUUGGUAUAGUGGGAGAGCGGAAGCUGUUUACAGGCGUUCCCUUCACGCCACGACCCUGCCGGGAGGCCUCCUCCUAGCCUGCCUGUCGUUGGAUGGCCGCAGACGCCCAGCCUUAGGGGGCAGGGAUACCCGCCUGACUUUGUAGCCCUUUGUCCUGGCUCCUGUUGGCAUUAGUCAAGUCCAGCGGGUGAUGGCAGCACCCAGACUUCACCCCCAAGGCAGGGGAGGAAGCCCGGGUUGCAAGCUCUGCUUCCUUGCCGCUCCGGUCACGCCCUCCACUGCCCCCUGACUUACCGGCCUCGGCCUCCUUUGUCACCGCUCACGUUGUGCACAAGUUCCCUGCUUGCCCGAACGGCGUGAACGCAGGCCCUUCAGAGCAGCAGUGUCAGGCUCCUGGCCGUCCCUUCAAGCCGGAGAGGAUGCUGGAAGGUGCUGGAGAGGAUGUCUAAGCUGGGACCGUGCGGAGACAGACGGUGGGAGGGGGUGGGUGGCGUACUGCUGAGGCGCUUCCUCCGCUCCCCUUACAACAGCUGGAAGGGAAUGUUGGAACGAAACGUUGGCCUGAGUUAGGUCAGCAGGCAAACGGGACUCCCCGCGAGCCGGUCACCCCGCUCCACUCCCCGUGUUUCCGACCAGCGUUGUGCGAGUCUGCAGAGGGUGAGCGGGUGCGGCGGGAUCACGUUCCAUCGAAGUCACGAUGAUUGAUUUUCCACAAAGCGGCGAGUUUGAUCCAGCUGACAGCUUUUUCGUUCCAGACAGGUGCCGUGAGAAACGGCAUCGGGAUGUCGCGGGGAGGGGGCAGGUGCCGUGCUGUAUUCUGUCUGCUGCUCUAUCUGGGGGCCACGCGGCGUCUGCGCACAUAGUGGAGGGCAAGGGGCAUCAGUACCGAACAGAGUAACCUUGUUUCUACGACAUCCAUAACUGUCAACCAGGCUCUAGUAUCUCCGGACGGUGAUCGGUCAAGCCAUUUUCAUAGAACAAUUCUGUUUUUAUUCACUUUCUGGUAACUUCCGUAGGCCCUGACUCAAGGACUUAGCGUCGUGUCUCAUGUACAUCUUUUCUUAAAUGUUCUCUGCCAUUUCUGGAAUUGUCCUUGGUUUUUCCUUAGCUCAUAGAUCAUAGAUGCAGAAAUAUUAUAGUAUUUAAGGCAUCCGCAUCAAGCAUCAGAUGGCUUUGCAUCCAGAAAAACAUUUAACGAUAACUCCGUUUGAAGCACCACGCAUGUGUAACAUGGCUCUAUAAAAUAUAAUAAACGCAUAACGUUGUUAAGCUUU